AUGGCUAUCGCGGUGCUGUCGCCCGGCGCACAUCGUGUCGUGAUUCUUCAUGCCGUUAUCGGCAGUAUAUCUACAUUGUGUCUCUUGGUUCUCCUUGGUCACGUUAUUAGCGUCUCUUUCGUCCCCCUCUGUCGCUCGGCGUUCAACCUCAGGCGGACCGGCCAAAUAUCUCAUUCGUCGUCCACUGGGGGCUCAAAUUCUGGAGAAGUUGGAUCCACGGUCUUAGCUCAAGAUAGAAAGUCGAGCAUGGCCCAAGAAUUUGAACAAAGCUCUGAAGGGAUGGACAUCGAGCGUGCCCGAGCUCUCGCAGACAGACGCGCCCGAGCUCGUGCACGGGAAAUCUCUAGACAGAAAUCUAAAUAUAACGAGGAAAGGCUCUUCCUGAGGAUGCAACUUGGUGUUUUUAUCGUUUGCAUGCUCCUCAGUGAUUUGAUUCAGACCCUUGGAGUCCUCAUUCAAGUACGCUGGGCGUCGACAGGGCGGGUCGAACCUGGGAUGGCUUGUUGGGUACAGGCCGCAAUGCUCACUUUUGGAGACGUCGCGACUGCAGUUUGGAAUGCAGUUAUUGCAUGUCACACAUUUACGACAGUUGUCCUCGGAGUACGGAUGUCUACCGUGACAGUUGGUAUCAUUGUUGUCCUCGGGUGGACGUUUCCGAUCAUGAUGAAUGUCGUAGGCUCGGUAAUCAUUGCUGGCUCGAGGGGGGACUAUUACGAUGUGGCGGGAGCGUGGUGCUUCAUCUCGGAUCCUUACUCACUCGAACGUGUUGUGCUUCAUUACGUUCCACUUUUGGCAUCCGCCUUCAUCAUUACGAUCAUGUAUUCACUGGUCUCCUUGACCAUGAGAGGAAACCUCCAUAUUGCACAGAGCACGCGGGGACGGUUUCCUUGGCUUAGCGUUUCGUUCCGGAGAACAAGCAUCCAUCCCGGUACAACCGGAAACACUAAUCAAAAGCAGGUUGCCUACCUUCGUUCUCUGUCUCUCAAGAUGCUCUGGUACCCUUGUGUGUACAUUGCCUUGAUUUUGCCUAUCAGCAUCUGCCGAAUGGUCGAGCUCAAGCACAAAAAGGCACCAAAGCCUCUUCUCUACUUUUCCAUGACACUCCUCUUCUUGGUCGGCAUUAGCAACGUUGCAAUUUACGUUUCCACCAGAAAUAUGGGCCGGCCGAAAAGGCAUGUUCCGACAAGCUCAGUGAGAAAUACACAGAGUGGAACUCAAGUCGAGAUUUUUAUCGACAGAGUUACCCAGCAAGAUGUGGGGCUAGUGACGAUAGGAGGGACCAAGUUGAAUCGUGGAACGUCAUCUGCUGUCCGCUUUGAAGGUGAUCCCAAGAAGUACGGUGUCAAGUCGGGUGAGGAGGAUGCCAGUUCGAGGGCAUCAUCAGAGCAUCAGCGAGAUUUCAAGUCACCAACUUCGGCCACGCAGUUCACGCCCAGGAGUCCGAUAGGGGAUCGCGAAAGAAGUCAUGUCGCUCCUUUCCAAUCAGCAUUCGAACCACCGAUAACACAUAGCAACCACACACGGAUUCAUACGCCUACUCGCAGCGUUGGGAGCAUCGUGAUCGACAAGGUCGGAGGAGCCCAUCUCGAAAACUCUCCACCAUUCGAUACGGCUCUUACAGAGCGGGAGACAGUGUACCCUCCCACUGCACACUCCAGCGCACCGUUUCAAAUACCAGUCAAAGGUGCAGAUGUAGUGUGGGACUCUCGACAGCAAAGAGGUUAG